AUGCCGGGAUCAAGACACAAAAUAUUAAGUCAUGUUUUCAGUGGCUUUUACGAAAAAAUGGGCCGUACAAAAGUAUUGGACAUCGGCACGCAAGCAAUCGAAACACCACUAAAACGAUGUUUGACAACAUUUGACAUAACUCUUUUAGGAAUCGGUCACAUGGUAGGUGCCGGGAUAUACGUGUUGAUCGGUACGGUCGCCAAGGAAAUGGCUGGUCCGGCGAUCAUCCUAUCGUUUAUGUUGGCUGGUGCUGCGUCCAUGUUGGCCGCAUUGUGCUACGCCGAAUUCGGGACCCGCAUACCAAAAGCCGGUUCAGCGUAUGUCUACACGUAUGUGAGCGUCGGCGAGUUUUGGGCAUUCGUUAUUGGAUGGAACAUCGUACUCGAGCACAUGAUUGGUGCUGCAUCCGUAGCUAGGGCAUGGAGCGGAUUCUUUGAUUCAAUGUUUGACAAUGUAAUCAAAAACACAACGAUAUCCGUGAUGGGCGAACUUCACGAAACACUAUUUGGAAAGUAUCCGGACGUGUUUGCAUUUGUCGUGUGCUUGCUGCACGCCUGUAUUCUGGGGGUCGGCGUGAAAACUUCGUCGUACAUGAAUAGCUUUUUGACGCUGGUCAACCUUGGCGUAAUGACUGUAAUCGUCGUGGCUGGAUAUUAUUACGGAAACAGCGACAAUUGGUCCAAUGACGGCGGAUUCAUUCCGUUCGGCACGACCGGCAUUAUCACGGGCGCGGCCACCUGUUUCUACGCGUACGUCGGUUUCGAUAGCAUCGCCACCUCGGGCGAAGAAGCCAAGGACCCGGCGUACUCGAUUCCCGUGGCAACAAUAAUUGCGAUGAGCGUCGUGUGCACAGGCUACGUAUUGGUGAGCGGAGCAUUAACAUACUUAGUCCCAUACUGGGCCAUCGUCCCCGAUGCAGCAUUUCCAGCGGCAUUUGCUGGAUUAGACUUGAAUUGGAUUAAAUAUUUAGUAUCAGUCGGGGCAUUGUGUGGAAUGACUACUACUUUGUUUGGAUCACUUUAUUCAUUACCUAGAUGUAUUUAUGCGAUGGCCGAUGAUGGAUUGAUUUUUAAAUUUCUAGCCAAAGUCAACAAAAGAACUCAAAUACCAAUAAUAAAUUUAGCUAUAUCUGCCUUUUUGUGCGCAUUGAUAGCUUUAUUCUUCGAUUUGGAAAAAUUAGUUGAAUUUAUGUCAAUUGGUACAUUGUUAGCCUAUACAAUUGUCAGUGCUUCAGUAAUAAUAUUAAGAUACCGUCCUACCAACCGUGGACUAGUACGUGAUUCUAGUAGUCUCUUAGAACUUCCUACUUCACAGGCAGACUCUUUUGAAAUGGAUAUGGGAGGACGCCUUAAACCAUCUUAUAAGUUCCUAGAACCUUUUCUAGGAGAGUUUGAACCUGGUUACAUAGUUUGUGUAAGUAUUGGUUGGUUUACAAGUUCCACUGUCAUCUUGUGCGUUUAUAUCCAAUAUUGGUUCAAUAUUCAACACGUGAGUUGGAUCGAUGGUAUAGUCUUAACAACCUUGGGCAGCGAUUUGAUUUUAUGCCAAUUUCUAAUUGAAGCCCAUGAACAAAAUUCAACAGAACUGCCAUUUAUGGUACCCCAUGUGCCUUUAAUACCAUCUCUUAGCAUUGUAUGCAACAUCGUGUUGAUGACUAAUCUUAAUUUGCUUACUUGGAUACGGUUCUUUAUAUGGAUGGUUAUAGGUCUAUUGAUUUACUUCUUAUACGGAAUGCACCACAGCAAAGAAAAUGACGUGACAUCUUAUUCAGUAUUGCUCUCAUCUUCCGAAGCGGGAAAGACACCUUGGGGAGCUAUAAAUAAGUCUAGAAAACGAGUGAAAACCGAAGAUGACCGGAAACCAAUUAUUGACAACGAAGAAAUUCCAGAUAAUGGUUAUUACCACUAAGCAAAUUAUAGACGAUCUGCUAAAAUCAUUAUUAUAUAGUGAGACAUUUCAUCGUGUCUCUGAAAAAUACUCGUCGGUGGGGGGGGGGGUGCCAUUCAAAUAUAUAUGUUUAUGUGUAAUAAUAAAUAGUAUUAUAAUAACGGUCGAUUAAAACUGUGCAUGUUGUUUUUAGUAUUAUUAUUGUAGGUCUUUAAACCAUUGCUAUGGAACGUUUGAACGUUUUGAAUAAUAUCGUAAUAUUUUUCAUUUUUGUUUUGACUUAAAAAGUUCUUGUAUUGUUAAAAAAUUAUUUUACUAAAAUGGUUGAUUGACAAUCGUCGUCCAUAAAAAUUGUUUGUUAUAGCACAAUGUGUAUAGAAUAACUGAAUAAUAUGAAAAUUUAAUUAUGUACUGUGCUAUUUGCAAAUACUCAUGUAUUAAUUAAUUAAUAUUAAAUGCUUUAUAAAAUAUUUUCUAUAUCGCAGUCGUUUAUAAAACGAUAAACCGAUAAAUUGUGUGAUGGAGUGUGUUUGUGCAUUUAGAUAAUUGUUGAAAUGUAUACGGUUCAAAGAAACUUAAGAAAACACACUUAGAUAAUUAUAUCACAUUUAUUAUUUACCAGAUAAUUAUGACUAUAUUAUUAUGAACUUCAAUUACUUUAAUGCAUCCCAAUUUGGAGUGGCACCCUUUAGUUGUACAAAUAAAUAAUAAGAUUAUAAUUACUAACUAUCCUUUGUUACAUACAUUUUACGUUUAUUAUUUAUUUUUAGUUUUUAACUUAAUUUUAUUUAAAAACAAUUUAGUGUAAAAUUGUUUUUUUUUUUUAACGCACAUUUUAUGCUUUGUUAUGACUUGUGAGUCUAUGAUAUAUAUUAUUAUAUUUAUAGUAUAUAAUAUAAUUUAUUGUGUAAGACUUCUACUUAUCUUACCAUACAUGUCUUUAGGUUGUUCCAGAAAAAUUAUAAUCUAGACGAAUUUGUGUUUAUAGUACGUUUUAAAUAUUAGCUUACGUUGUAUAGGGAUUAUCAAGUUAAUUUUAUGACAAAAUAUAUACCUUUAUCGUUAUGAGUAGCCUCAAAGAAGUAAUGACAUGUAAUAAAAUGUAUUUAGUAACAUUAUAUAAAAGAAUACAAAAUAA